UCAUUUUACUUGCUAAGACGAAAUUACUUCAGUUUUGAGUUGCAAUUAGUCGUAAUUCUAAGAAACCAUCAUGGACCUGGUAGUUCAAUAAUGCCAGCCUUUUUUGCCAGGACUGAUGUGAAACUUGGGUUACUUGGGCUGCCGACUAUGGACAUCAGAAUUGUCUCAAAGACCGCGGAAGCAUGUAAAAAUAUGAAAGUCAAGAGGGGUCUGACAAAUACAGGUCAUGAUGUUACAAAAAUCACAAAUUCAAAUACUGGCAGCUGGGAAUUGACCAUUUAUCUCAUAAAAUAAAAAAGGACGAUUUUAGUGAAGGGCAAUUUUAUUUUCAAAAUGUAUUUUCAAAUUUCAAUUGCGUAAACAUCAUUUGUCAGGGGGGGACCUCUGGUGCAGACUAUAAUCACUAAUCAGUGACGCAAAUACGCAAUAUGUCAGAAAUAUUUUCGAACUGAAUCGAAUAUUCUAUGUCUCUAAUUUCGAAACACUGAAUCACAGUGAUCACAACUCAACUUAUACUAAAAAAUAGCAGAACAGUUUGCUUUUGAACAAGAACAUGUAAUAAUUGUUUUCAUACAAGGCAGCGUAUGGCGACAGAAUUACAGGACCCAACACAAGCCUUACCAUUCGAAGUUUCGUGUAUAAUAUUCUCUUUUAUACCAGCUGAAAAUCUUGUCAAGGAAUGUGUUUUGGUUUGCCAGUUAUGGAAGCAAAUAACCGACGACAAUACAACAUGGCGGUUGAAAUGUGAACGUACAAAACGCUACGUUAAGAAAUACAUGAGAAACUUUGAACCAGAAAAUUGGAAAGAUUAUUAUUAUAACAACCCAUACUCCAGGAAUCUUUUAAAAAAUCCGAAUUUUAGCGAUGCUUUUCCCGAUAUUAUAAAGAAAAAACAUCACGAGAUCUCAGGGUGGCAUGGUUACAGCGAUCUUACCCAGGAUCAGUGGCACAAACAGUUUGAACCAUGGGAGAUGAUGAGUAUAGGUGGGCAAGGCAUACAGUUGGAGUACCCACCCAUAGGGUGUGGCCCUGUGCCAAAUGGGGAUCUUGGUUGCAUUGCAACAUCAUUUGGUGCAACCAAAAGAUGUCAAAUUGUUGAUCUCUUAGCUGAAGGAGUAACAGAAUACAUUCUUGAUGAAUGCAAACUGCCAAUAUAUGUUUGUGAAUGGUUCAACAACCGAUUUGAUUGUGGUGUAAAAUACUUCUUGAAAGUUGCUCUGAUGGAUAGGAAAAAAAACAAGAUUUCAGGAUGCAAAGUGAAAUUUAAAGCUGAAAGAAAAAAUGGACGUAAUGAAUGGGAUCGCUUACAUCAUACAUUCAAAGAAUAUCCUUCUGGUGUUCGGUAUAUACAAUUCAAGGAUUAUGGACAGGACACGCAAUAUUGGGCAGGUUUCUAUGGUGCUAAGCUGGCUGGAGCAACUGUGAGAUUUCUUCUUCAGUAGGAUUCAUGUGCACAUGGAUUUAUAUACAAUAUGAAACUUUAAGUUUAUAAAUAUGUAUUAGGUAACACAUAAUAUUCUUCCAGUCUCUGCUCAUAUUUGGAUAUGGACUUGUUUCAAGUCAAUGGAACUAAUAAUAUCCUUGUAAGUUUGCAUGACUAAUACCAAUAUAUUCAUUAGCUUUAAGUAAUAUAAUUACAUUUUAAUUGCAUUGAUGACUGAUGAAGGCCAAGGUUAAGUGACCAAAAACUUUGCAGUGAAUUUAUGAUAUACCUUCAAACUAAAAAUGAUAUUGAAUAGAAACUCUUAC